GAUCAAAGUAAUGCAUUAUAAUAUUAUAGAUACUCGGAGGAACCGCCAACAGGAUGCCUUUUUUGACCCGAUAAGGCUCAAAGAAAGGAAUAUAUAUGUUGUUGCUGGAUCUGCAGCUGCUUGUGCAAAUUGCAAUCACAGUGAAUUUAUUCGAAACCCACUGCCGACUUUAUGCCGGAGAGCAAUCACGAUCUUCUUGAUCAAUUAGCAAGUAGAAUGGAAGCAAGACUCGACAAGAAACAACCUCGAUGGCUAUGUCCGGAGGAAAUAUGUGAAGUUCUUCGAAAUCCGCCUGCAAUUAUGCCACCGAACUCCACUGCCUCAGAAGAUGGAAAGUCCAAGGUUCCACCCCAUGCAACCAUUGAAGAAGUAGACAAAGAGAAAGAUGAAGAGGGAAACGAUAUCAACCAAGUCUGGAAGCGACCCAAAGUCAGCGGUGGCCAGAAGAGUCAUGAGUUUGCGAUAGGUGUGGUGAUGUGCUCUCUUGAAGAACUCCAUCAACUUGUAGACCGAGCAUCUGCACCCAAUACACUGGCCAGCUCCUCCAUUUCGAAUCCUACCAUAGACUCGCAAGCCAUAGCGAUGACCAGAGCUACUUUAGAAAUGGACUUUAUUACUAUGGCUGGCGAGGUUCAACUAACUCGCAUGAUUUCAGGCAUCCAGAGCUUGGUAGAUUCUAAUUGCUUUCCUGCCGGCACCAGAACAAUGAUUAUGGGUUUUUUGAAGCAGCUAGAACACUAUGUUCCAGCCUACUCCAAAGCCUAUUCCGAGUAUGAUAGUGGCAAAAAUUUGACUGACCAAGUCGAAGCUACGAAACAGCUUCUUCAACCCAAGGUUCAGUUUUGUUAUAGCAAGGAGAGAGAAUUUCAAGAGCUUGCGAAAGCGAAAAUGACGAUCGAAGGCAAGCAGGCUGCAGUACUUGCUGAAAUUCAUGGCAUACUUGCUGAAAUUCGUGGCGCCAUCCAAGCGAUGCUGGAACUAGUUGAGAAAUUCCUCCUACAGUAAGAUCAAUUUAAAGAAAAUGUGGGUAAUUUCAAGACCACGUUGGAUACUGGAGAUGUCCUCUGGACAGCCUUUAAGAAGAUAAUUCACCAGCACCGACCUGCGACUAACAAGCUUCUAACAAGGACAUGGACGGAGCUUUUUGGGGAGAGAUCAAAGGUGCCUUCCGAAAGAGCUGUAUUCAGCAAUUUCUAUUACUUCUACUUGUGAAUUUUGUGUGACUGGUAUUCUAUGACUUCUUUGACAGCAAAGCAACCUCCGUUUCCUGCUGUUUUUCUGUCCUAAUUUAAUAAUUUAAAAACAAAUCUUGCACUCCCAACUAAAAGUUGAAGAACCGAACCAAAACCAAACAGAAAACAAAGCAGGAAAAAAAAAACAGGUUUCUAAGGAGGUUCAAACUAGAAAUAGUGAAAUAAGGGAAAAUUCUGUUCAAAAGGGACACUUAGCUUUGAACGGAAUCCAAGCUGCCAGCUGGGAGAAAUCCUCAUCAAUGCUUGCAGAGAUAGCUUCCAGCUGGAACCAAAUCUCUGAAACCAACCCUAGGUUUAGGCGUCCCUUCCUGCCUCACCAUUUCUCUAAGCAGAGCUCACCGAGAAAAAAACAAAACCCAAAUUCCAGGCAGCCCUACCUACUACUUUGCUCAUCCUACCCCUCCCUCUCUCCUCCAAUUUUUCCUUCCAGGAGUCAUCCUCUCUCUUCUCUCUGGCAUCGCACUGACUCCUCUCUCUUCUCUCUGUCAUCGGACCACUCCUCCUCUCUCUCUUCUCUUGCAUCACACGACACCUUCCCUCAUUUCUCACUAGCAUCGUUACAGGCUACGCCUGUCCGUUUCAACCAUCCAUCCAAAAAACUCAACCACAAACAAAACCCUCCAACCCAGUCAUAGCCCAAACCGACAAAAGCCCAUACAACUAAACUUGAAAAAAAAAACCCAGGCAAAAUCCUUGGAGCAAUGGCAUGUUCGUAAAUAGAGGGAAAUUGGGGUUCAAAAACUAUUCAUUUAUACAGUGCAAUUUCAAAACCUUCUUUAGACUAAAGUAAUGGGCCUUUCUAUUAAAUGCGUAUCAUUUCUUAUUUUAGGAACAUGCUGCAAUUGCUUUGCAGUAAUAUUUUCAUUGGAUUUUGAGCUGAAACAGCUCUACAUUGUCUUUUGGUACCAUCUCUAGCAUUUUCCUGUGAACCGACUGGUUUAUUAAAUUAUAGGGUAAAAUGUCGAUUUAGUCCCUGAGCUAUCAUUGCAGUGAAAAUUAGGUUCCUAGGUUAAUUUAUUGGUAAAAUAAGUUCCUAAAUUCAUUCAAAAUUGUUAAUUUCAUUCCUACUAUUAUAUUCAAAGUUAUUUUAUCCAAUUUUUCAUCAACUUAAAUCACUUCACACAUUUUAGGGUGUAAUACCGUCAUUUUCUCGCCUAUAAAUCCUUAACAUUUCAUAUAGAUUGCAAAUCUAACGUCUAAUUUAGUCUUCAAAGUUAACUUACGCUAUUUCUUAUGUAAAACUACUAAUUUACCCUCCAAAGUUAACUACAUACACUAUUUCUUUAUGAAAAACUAUCAAUCUACCCUCCAAUGUGUACUACAUGCAAGUACCGUGAUUUAAAUUGACGGAAAAUUGAAUAUAGUAGCUUUGACUAUAAUAUUAGGAAUGUAAUUGAUAGAUUUUUAUUAUUCAUAGACGAAUUUUUCUGAAAAAAUAGUUUAAGAACCUAAUUUUUACUAAAAUAAUAAUUCAAGAAUUAAAUUGACAAUUCAUCCUAAAUUUUACGCGUGCAUCAGCUUACGCACCUGCUCACUCGUUGCACCGAGAAAAAGAAGUACUGUCCUUUACUCGGCACUAAUCGGCUACUCGGCAUUCACUUUUAAACGCGUUCUGCCUUUUACUCAGCACUCGGUUUAUUUGUCUUAAAACACUUUGAGGGAUCCACUUUCAGAUCAAAGUAAUGCAUUAUAAUAUUAUAGAUACUCGAAGGAACCGCCAACAGGAUGCCUUUUUUGACCCGAUAAGGCUCAAAGAACGGAAUAUAUAUGUUGUUGCUGGAUCUGCAGCUGCUUGUGCAAAUUGCAAUCACAGUGAAUUUAUUCGAAACCCACUGCCGACUUUAUGCCGGAGAGCAAUCACGAUCUUCUUGAUCAAUUAGCAGGUAGAAUGGAAGCAAGACUCGACAAGAAACAUCCUCGAUGGCUAUGUCCGGAGGAAAUAUGUGAAGUUCUUCGAAAUCCGCCUGCAAUUAUAUAUGCCACCGAGUAUGAUGCAUUUGUUAAGAGAUAUUACUCCACUGCCUCAGAAGAUGGAAAGUCCAAGGUUACACCCCAUGCAACCAUUGAAGAAGUAGACAAAGAGAAAGAUGAAGAGGGAAACGAUAUCAACCAAGUCCGGAAGCGACCCAAAGUCAGCCGUGGCCAGAAGAGUCAUGAGUUUGCGAUAGGUGUGGUGAUGUGCUCUCUUGAAGAACUCCAUCAACUUUUAGACCGAGCAUCUGCACCUAAUACACUGGCCAGCUCCUCCAUUUCGAAUCCUACCAUAGACUCGCAAGCCAUAGCGAUGACCAAAGCUACUUUAGAAAUGGACUUUAUUACUAUGGCUGGCGAGGUUCAACUAACUCGCAUGAUUUCAGGUAUCCAGAGCUUGGUAGAUUCUAAUUGCUUUCCUGCCGGCACCAGAACAAUGAUUAUGGGUUUUUUGAAGCAGCUAGAACAAUAUGUUCCAGCCUACUCCAAAGCCUAUUCCGAGUAUGAUAGGGGCAAAAACUUGACUGAUCAAGUCGAAGCUACGAAACAGCUUCUUCAACCCAAGGUUCAGUUUUUUUUUAGCAAGGAGAGAGAAUUUCAAGAGCUUGCGAAAGCGAAAAUGACGAUUGAAGGCAAGCAGGCUGCAGUACUUGUUGAAAUUCAUGGCAUACUUGCUGAAAUUCGUGGCGCCAUCAAAGCGAUGCUAGAACAAGUUGAGAAAUUCCUCCUACAGUAAGAUCAAUUUAAAGAAAAUGUGGGUAAUCUUGUUAUGAUCCAAACUCAAAACCUUAACUCAGACCUGCAAGUAUGUGACAAUGGCGGAUGGAGGAAUACAUAGGAGAGCUAGAAAGAGAGAAGAGUAUAUUUUUUUUAAAUAUAUUUCUUUUUGAAUAUUCGUUGUUUCUUCCCUUUCACAAGUGGCUACAUAUAUGGUUCCCCAAAACUCUCAAAGCCAGUUGGCAUAACUAAUUACAAAACAACUUAAUCGAAAUUCUUAUUUAAUUGCUAAA